UGAGUCACUCAGCUCAGGCUGCUGUAUUGUGUUGUGUCGUCUGAGAGGCUGCAUCCAUAUGAGAUGCAGAGGAAUGAAGCUGGCACAGCGCCAACUGCAGUCUGCACACCGCACUCCUCAAAUCACGCCUCGCUGGCUUCCCCUCUAAUUGGCUCCACACAAGCCAUCGUGGAGGGCUCACCUGUUUUAAUUGGACUAUCGCGACAAGUUGUCAAAGUGACGUCGAUGCGACUGCUCGGACACUUUGUCAGAGGGAUAUCUGAGAAUAACACAGGACCUCAGUUGGGCACCGAAAAGGACUGCAGCAGCCGCACGACCGAGGGAAGUGCUGCCACCAGGCCGACCACACCAGACAGGCUGUGAAUGGAUGCAGGACAGAGACACAGGCUGAGCGUGUCGAUAUGGACCAGCGAUAACAGCCUGCUGUCAUAAACCAAAUGCUUUGGGUGCUUCAUCUUUGAUCUCCUACUUCCACAGAAGCGCACGGACAUUGACUUUUUUUACGCGCAGGUAAAAACUCCACAAUCGGCUGUUUUUCCUCUCUUGAAGGCAGUGCUGGAGGCAGAAGCUGCUCCAUCCUUAUUCCUGGCAUCGGCUGGCACGCUGACACCAUCAGCAUUGAAGCUUGUUUUUUGCGCAAGUGGUCGGUGCGCCCCUGCGUUUGGAGCCAUGGGUUGUACGGUGAGCGCCGAGGAUAAGGCUGCCGCGGAGAGGUCAAAGAUGAUUGACAAAAACCUCCGAGAGGACGGAGAGAAGGCAGCCAGAGAAGUCAAGCUGCUUUUAUUAGGCGCUGGGGAGUCUGGGAAGAGCACCAUCGUAAAGCAGAUGAAGAUCAUUCAUGAAGAUGGCUACUCAGAAGAUGAAUGCAAGCAGUAUCGAGCAGUGGUUUAUAGUAAUACCAUCCAGUCUGUGAUGGCCAUUGUCAAAGCCAUGGCCAGUCUCAAGAUAGAGUACAGCAACCCUGGCAGAGUGGACGAUGCCCAGCAGCUCUUCGCCCUGUCUGCAGCUGCUGAAGAACAGGGCAUCUUUCCCGAUGACCUGUCCAACGUGAUCAGGCGACUGUGGGCCGACAGCGGCAUACAAAGUUGCUUUGCACGGUCGCGAGAGUACCAGCUCAACGACUCCGCAGCAUAUUACCUGAACGACCUGGAGAGGAUAGCUAAAGCAGAUUACAUCCCCACCCAGCAGGAUGUGCUGCGGACUCGAGUCAAGACCACUGGCAUUGUGGAGACUCACUUCACUUUCAAGGAACUGCACUUCAAAAUGUUUGACGUGGGCGGCCAGCGCUCGGAGAGAAAGAAAUGGAUUCACUGUUUUGAAGGAGUCACAGCCAUUAUUUUUUGUGUUGCGCUGAGCGCUUAUGACCUGGUGCUGGCUGAGGAUGAGGAGAUGAAUCGAAUGCACGAGAGCAUGAAGCUGUUUGACUCCAUCUGCAACAACAAGUGGUUCACUGAGACCUCCAUCAUCCUCUUCCUCAACAAGAAGGAUCUCUUCGAGGAGAAGAUUACUCGCAGCCCCCUUACCAUCUGCUUCCCAGAAUACACAGGAGCCAACAAGUUUGACGAAGCCGCCAGUUACAUUCAGACCAAGUUUGAGGACCUGAACAAGAAAAAGGACACAAAGGAGAUCUACACCCACUUCACGUGUGCUACUGACACCAAGAACGUGCAGUUUGUCUUUGACGCCGUCACUGACGUCAUUAUUAAGAACAACCUGAAAGACUGUGGUCUUUUCUAAAGGAAAACGCCCGGCGCACACAGACUGCAUGAGAGACUGCAACAGCCAUGUGAUGAUUACAGCUUUUCAUAAUGAAAACCAUAACAGACUUGAUUCCUAGAGGGGAAACCUUACAGAAGUUCAACAAUCACCGAUUUGCAACCAUCACAUUCCCUUGUCAAUUGUGUUAAUAUUUUUUUUUUAAUAUAUUUCUUACUGCUCUUGAUCAGGGGUUCUCAUACUAUUCAUACUGAG